GAAGGAAAUUAUGUCUGAAACCAAGCUACAGGGCAAGAUGAAGGCAGAUGGAGGGAGCAGCGAGCUACUGACCACCCAGGAGCUGCUGCAGAGACUCCGGGAGCUGGAGACGGAGAAUUCAGUUUUGGCACAAGCCAAUGAGAACCAGCGGGAGACCUAUGAACGUUGCUUGGAUGAGGUAGCCAAUCACGUGGUGCAGGCGUUGUUAAACCAAAAGGACCUUCGUGAGGAGUGCAUCAAGCUAAAAAAGCGGGUCUUUGACCUUGAGCGGCAAAAUCAGGCAUUGAGUGAUCUCUUCCACCAGAAGCUGACAUCUGGCUCACUGUCCCAGCUACCCCCCCAUCCUGCUCCCUUGCUCUCUGAUCUAGUGUCCAGUUCCCAGCCAGACAUGGUAGAGAAACUCCAGGCCUCCCUUCCCCUGGGAUGCUGCAUUUUGCAGAGAGAGGCCACCUCUGAGGAGCAGUGUGUUGGCACCCCAGGGCCCAACUCCCAGGCUUUGGAGGCUCUGUCCCCCUUCCUGCGAAAGAAGGCCCAGAUCCUGGAGGUGCUUCGCUCACUGGAAGAGAUGGACCCCCUGCUUUCCUUUCCUGUGCCAUGGAAAGACCCUAGGCAGUCUGUUUCCCCAGAAGGUGUGACAGCUGAAGCCUGGCCAAGCCUGCUGCUGGGACAGGGAGAGAGUGUGCCUGGGCAGCCUCCAUCCAAAGGAGAGGGCAGCUCCUCCUCCUCGUCAGACGAGGCCGGUGAAUCGGAUCCGCCAGAGAAAGGGUGCUCUGGGCAGCUGCUGCUGAGCACUCUAGCUGAGCACAAGUUGGACUUGGGGCACGUGGAGACUUACCUGCAACAUGUGCUUCGAGAGGCUGGAGAGAACGCCCUGCUCAAUGGGGAACCCAACGGGCCCUCCUUGACGGAAACCUCUGGGGGCCAGGUCAGUAGCUACAAACAUAUCCAGGCUGUCAGCUGCCUGGAAGCCUUCGGGCCCCCUUCUGCUUGCAGGGAGCCAGCCUGCCUUGGUGUUGUAGCACCAAGCGAGGGCAAGGCCAAGCCUUGGCAAGGCACUCCCAUCCCCUCACCCUCCAAGGUGCUCAGAUUGCUGAAAAUGCCGCCACCGAGUCCUGCUGCCCUGCGUCUCAGCCCCCAGCUUACUCGCAGUUCCAAAAUCCCCUGUCGGAGCAAUACGUACGAGGUGUACCACUCUCCUGCACCCAGCUGUAAGGGUUCCCCUGAUAGUCCCUUUCCCACUGAUCCUGGUUUCGCUGCAGGGCAUCCCUCCCCCAAGGCUGGUCGGCACCUUGAUCCUGUGCCAUCCAAAGUCACACCAACCUCCCCAGAACCUUUUGGCUACAACAAGCCCCAUGAGUAUGAGAACAUAUUAGAGCUGUCCCUCAGCAGCGCUGCGGGCUCUCAUUCUCACUCACUACGAGAUGCCAAGCUCCUGUCUGAAGCACAUCUGCCCACCUGCCGCUCAGCACCUGUCCGGACAGGGCUCCCCAGUGAUGGUUCGUUGGAGCCCAGCCUGUUUGCUGAUGGACAGGAGAAGGUGGGGACAGAGGGCCAAGACUCUCCCCCUCUUGCUCGCCAGAACACAGACGGCCCUAAGAAGGUUGCAAAUGGCCCAAGCAAGCGGGUGCCUGAGGUGGCCGGCAUGCCCUUCAAGGAACGACUCACUGUGCUGGGGAGGCUGAAGGGCCCUGAGGGAAAGGAGAAGGGGAGGGCCCAAGCCCGGCCCUGUGAGCCUUCAGAGGGCUUUGCUGAGGCACACCCCAGGCUGGGCACUGGGAGCAGCAGCAGCCUUAAGCACCAUGAGCCUUGCCAUGGGGCGGAACUGGCCCCUCGGGGUUACUCUUCUCACUCUGUGGGCUCCCGUGGGAGUGACCCCGAGCACCACGGCUCCAAGAACCGCCAGCUGGGGAUGCCAGCUACCAGGAACUCUGCCAAGGCCCUGCCCCACCCAGGAAAGAAUGCCAAGAGCCCUCAUGGAAGUCCGACUAAGCUACCUUCCAAAUCUCCUACCAAGGCCCCAGUGCAGGAGCCCAAGCCGUGCCUGCCUCCCACCAAACCCCCCACCACCAGUGUGGGGCGCAAGAACCCCCCUUGCCCAGACCCUGCCAAGGGCAAGCCUGGACUUCCAGCCAGCAUUGAAGAAAAGGUGAUGAAGGGCAUUGAAGAAAAUGUUCUGCGGCGGCACAAAGGGGGACUGGUGGCCGGCGAGGCAAAGCAGAAGAACUCAAGCGGCCUUGCCAGCUGGUUUGGCCUGCGGAAGAGCAAACUGCCCGCCCUCAGCCGGAGGCCAGAGCCCCCCAAAGCCAAGGAGGGCAAGCUGGUCUCUCGCAGGCUGGAAGCGGAGAGCCUGAACAUUUCCAAGCUUAUGGAGAAGGCGGAGGACCUGCGCAAGGCCCUGGAAGAGGAGAAGGCCUAUAUCAAUGGGCUGGCCUUGGACAAGCCACGUCCCCAUACCUGUGAAUCUGGCCACAGCCGGCUCACCCUCAUGUACCAGGAGGUGACUGCGGAGAACUUCAUGCAGCAGCUGCUCAAUAGGGUGGAUGGGAAAGAGGCACCAUUCGAGGGUCAUCUGGAGCAGAAGAAUGAGCUGCAGGGCCUGCAGAGGGGCUUGCAUGAUGCCAAAGACCCGCGGCUUGUCCGACCUCCACGCAAUGGCAUCAUUGGGCACCUCCAUGCCUGUCCAGAGGCCCCUCCAAAGCUUCAGGAGGCAACUUUGCAGGAAGAGAUGCCGUCUGAUGACAGCUUAGCCGAAUCAGUGACCUCCCAGCACUUUGCAGUGUGUAGCUCCUUGACACGGACCCUGGACAGCGGCAUCGGCACCUUCCCGCCACCAGAUUACUGCAGCGGGAUGCCCUGUAAGAGUGUACCUAAGUUAAGACCCCGGCUCAGCCCUCAGCCAGCUGGCCCUUUCCCAGUUAGGGCCCCCCCGCCUGUCACCAAGGUGCCCCGCAAAGCCCGGACUCUGGAGAGGGAAGUGCCCAGUGCAGAGGAUCUGCUGGGGCCCAGCAAGCACCAAAGCAUGCCAGCUUUUCACGGGGCCUUAACCAGCGCUGAGCCCUCCCCUGGGCAUCGUGAUCGCAGGGUCUGCCCAGAAGAUCUCUGCAGUGCUCCUAGCAAGCCGCAGCACACUCAGCAGAGCAAGAACUGGACUUUCCCCAAUGCCAAAUCAUCUGCUGGAACGGAUCCCUUUCUUGGCUCCCCUCGCAGGAUGGAGGGACUUCAUGACUCUGUAGUGAGUUCAGCUUGCAGUGUUGUCGAGAGGAGACGCACCUCAUCAGAUGGGCCUCAGGCCUCACCGGCCUUCAGCACCAGCAGCAGCCGCACUCCCAGCGCUUCUGACGUGGGUGAAGAGGGCAGCACAGAAGCCCAUUCCAGGGAUAUGGGUCCAGAAGGCCAGCCGGGCCUGGAGAACUCUGAAUCUCUCAGUGACUCUCUUUAUGACAGCUUGUCCUCAUGUGGCAGCCAGGGCUGAGCAUGACUGGGAAUGGGGCCGAGUUUGGGGCAUUGGCUGAUGGUGCCACGUGUUCCUGCCUGGUGCUUCAAAAGGCCCUGCUCUGUUUCUGGGAUCCUGCUUGAGUCUCCCAAACCAAAUCUUGGCCCUGCACCAGAAUAUGAUGCGUCUUCCACACCCAGCACUCCUGUCUGUCCCAAAACAGGGAACUUUAUUAACCAGGGCACCUGGAGACUUUGAUGAGAGAA